AUGGCUUCCCUACUUGACCUUGAAGAUCCCAGCUUAUUAGUGAGCUUGAACUUCAUCGGCGGUGAUUGGAAAACAGGUGCAUCGGAUAGGACUUUCUCAGUGACUGGUAAAUUGAGGUUGAUUUCUAUGAAUACAGAGCGUUGCGGACAUCCGCAAGAUCUUGCAAGUCUUCGACCAAUUGGCGUACGUCAAGAAUCAGAUGAUUCCGAUGUGCUCAUAGCUAUCGAAGCCGCAGAGGUUGCUCUGCACACCUGGAAAGCCCAAAGUGGUCGACAACGCUCGCGCAUUCUACGCAGAUGGUUCGAUCUUGUUAUCGAGAAUAAGAACGACCUUGCUCGUCUCAUCUCUGUUGAGAACGGAAAGGCUCAAGCAGAUGCGGCUGCAGAAGUCUCACUAGCAUCCACUUACCUCGAAUGGCUCGCCGAGGAGGCCGCCAGAAUAUAUGGUGAUGUUGCACCACAUAGCAACCCUUCGUGUAGGAUAUCGAUUCUCAAGGAACCUGUAGGCGUUUGCGGGUUAAUCAUUCCAUGGAAUUUCCCGGCUGCUAUGGUUACUCGCAAACUUGCUCCUUGUCUCGCUGCAGGAUGUACAGCGGUACUGAAGCCUGAUGGACUGACUCCAUACACCGCAUCUGCACUUGUCCUGCUGGCUCAGAGGGCUGGUGUGCCAGCAGGAGUGAUUAAUAUCGUUAAUGCACUGGAUAAUACGUCAACAGUUGGCAGGAUUCUUUGCGAAAAUCCAACUGUCCGCAAGAUUUCAUUCCCUGGUUCAACAAGAGUCGGCCAGAUAUCGUUGCAACAGUCCGCAAAGAACAUUCAAAAACUGAGUCUUGAGCUGGGCCAAGUGGCAGCAUCUAGCCUGAUUGCUUGCAAGUUCAAAGUUUGGGGACAGACUUGCGUGUGUGCAAACAGAGUGUAUGUGCAAGAGAGAAUUCACGACCGUUUUGGUCCGCUGAUCCAUUCACGGGUAGUCGCCAAGCGUGAAGAACACGUUCGAGAUGCUGUGAGCAAAGGUGCAGAAGUACUUAUUGGUGGCGGCUCACUCGCAGAAAAAGGUCCAAAUUACUUCCAACCAACUGUCCUCAUCAAUGCGAACGCUGAUAUGCGCAUCGCUCAAGAGGAGACUUUCGGUCCUAUUGCUGCAAUUUUCAAGUUCUCUACUGAUUCAGAAGCAAUUGCCGCUGCCAACAAUACCGAUAUGGGUCUUGCAUCAUACAUGAUGACCAACGAUAUGAACAGAGCGCAGAAAGUAUCGGAGGCACUGCAGGCUGGUAUGGUGGUUAUAAAUACCGGUGCCAUCGCGGAUGCAGCUGCUCCGUUCGAUGGCGUCAAAUACUCGGGUCUGGGCCGCGAGUCUAGCAAGUAUGGGAUCGAAGAAUACCUUUCUCUCAAAACUAUCGUUACCGGAAAUUGUUGA